CACGGCCUUGUUCCCUAAAACGCUCUAAAAACCUGAAAGUCCCAACCUUUUCAAACUAUUUCCUUUCUUCUCUCUCGCCAAAUGAAGCUGACGGACGGAACAGCCACCCUUUCCGCCGUCAAGCUCGACCUUUUUUAAAUGAAGAAACUAUAUUUUCUUUUUCUUUCAGCCGUUAGUUUCUAUACCAUUGUCUUCUUCCCGCUGUUAAUCCAUGCUUUGGGUUCUGGAUCAACGUUCGCCAUCGCCUACGCCACCGCCACCGUAUGCGCCAUCGUUGCCGCCGAGCCGGAUCAACGCAUUAUUUGCUACCGCGCCGGAGACCCUUCCUCCAUCGCCGUCUCCAUCCUCCCUAACGUCUCUUACUCCACCGUCGCCGGUGGCCAAACAAGCAUUUGUGCCCUCCGUUCCGGUGGUUACGCCCUCCUCUGCUGGGAAACAAACUCUCCAAAAUUUCCCGCCAAACGCCUGUACUAUAACAACACCGUUUUGCUACAAUCCCUCUCGAUCGGCAGCGGGAAGAUUUGCGCGACGACUAAUACGACGCCAUCUGUGUCCUGCUGGAGACCCCUCGGAAAUGACAUAAAUAGCACCAAUGAGCUACCUUCCGGUAAUUACACCAUGGGUAAAAUUGCGUCCGGGUUUGGGUUUUCAUGUGGGAUUGUUUUGAGUGAGAAUAAUAGGGUGACUUGUUGGGGACGUAACUCAGUAGGGAAAGACAUUGAAAAACAAUUUGGGAACUUAUCAGUUUCGAAUAUCGAAGCUGGGUUUUCCCAUGUUUGUGGAGUAAACUCAGUUGGAGAUUUAGUCUGUAAAGGAGAUAACUCAAAGGGUCAAUUAAACGUUCCUUCAAACAAAGGUUUAAACUUUGCUUCUGGGUUGGCUCUUGGGGAAGGUUUUAGUUGUGCAAUAAGGAGAUCGAAUGGCACAGUUGUUUGUUGGGGUUCCUUAAACGAGACUGCUGUUGAAGGAAUCGAGUUGGAAUCCAUUGUUUCAGGUUUAAAUUUUACGUGUGGAUUAACCACUAGGAAUUUUUCAAUCGUUUGUUGGGGUCCAGGGUGGCCUGAGAACAAUGCUUCUGCAAAUGAGUUACCUUUGGGAGCUGUGAUUUUACCAGGGCCUUGCGUUCAAUCUUCUUGUAACGAGUGUGGAUUAUAUCCUCAAUCAAGUAGGCUUUGUUUUGGCACUGGUAACAUUUGUAAACCUUCACCUUGUUUCAAUUUUUCCUCUCCAUUGCCGCCAUUACCGCCGCCGGCUCCACCUCCGGAUGUUUUGAAACAGUCCUCUCCCUUCAGGGGAAGAUUAUUAGCUUUUGUAAUAGUUGGAUCAGUAGGAGUUUUUAUGGGGAUUUGUGGUAUUAUUUACUGUCUAUGGACUGGGAUUUGUUGUGGGAGAAAGAAAGUUCAUAACUCAGUCCAGCCAACAAUCACUAGAAUUGGUUCCAAUGGUGGUCCAGGAUCAAACAACAGUCCUUCGUCGAGGUCAUUUUCGAUCCGACGCCAUAGCUCAGGAGCAAUGAAGCGACAGAGAAGUGGGACAUCAUCCAAACAUGCCGAUAGAGCAGAGGAAUUCAGCUUGGCCGAGCUUGUUGCUGCAACCAACGAUUUCUCACCAGAGAACAAGAUCGGUGCCGGGAGCUUUGGGAUUGUUUGCAAAGGGAAGUUGUGGGAUGGCCGUGAGGUGGCCAUUAAAAGAGGCGAAAUAGGUCAAAAAACCAAGAAAUUCCAAGAGAAAGAGACGGCUUUCGAAUCAGAAUUGGCAUUUUUGUCCCGGCUUCAUCAUAAGCAUUUGGUCAGGCUUGUUGGGUAUUGUGAAGAAAAGGAUGAAAGGCUUCUGGUUUAUGAAUACAUGAAGAAUGGUGCAGUUUACGAUCAUUUGCACGAUACGAACAACGUCGAGAAAAGCAGUAGUUUGAUUAAUUCAUGGAAAAUGAGGAUCAGAGUUGCAUUGGAUGCGGCCCGGGGAAUCGAAUAUCUUCACAAUUAUGCAGUUCCACCCAUUAUCCAUAGGGACAUAAAGUCUUCCAACAUAUUACUCGAUACGAAUUGGACAGCAAGAGUUUCGGAUUUUGGACUUUCCUUGAUGGAUCCAGAAUCCAACCAAGAUUACAGGCCGAUGAGGGCAGCCGGAACGGUCGGUUAUAUCGACCCCGAGUACUAUGGCUUAAAUGUAUUAACAACAAAGAGCGAUGUCUAUGGACUCGGAGUUGUAAUGCUAGAACUUCUUACAGGGAAAAGAGCUAUAUUCAAGAAUGAUGAAAGUGGUGGUAUCCCAAUAACCCUGGUGGAUUUUGCAGUGCCUGCAAUAAUUGCAGGUGAAAUGGUUAAGGUAUUGGACCCAAGGGUUGGACCACCAGAGCUUAAUGAAGCUGAAGCAGUGGAGCUUAUGGCAUACACAGCAAUGCAUUGUGUGAAUUCAGAAAGCAAAGAAAGGCCAAUAAUUGGCGACAUUGUUUCUAAUUUGGAGAGGGCAUUGAAUGUAUGUGAUGGCAGCCAUGGAAGCAUCUCUAGUGGUGCAUAUUCAUUUGUUUCAGACUGAAAUCCCCCCCCCCCAAAAAAAAUUAUUUUUUCUAUCAAUAAUUUA